CUUUUGCUGGACUCUUGGAAAGUGCACCUGACGUUGCUUUUCUGAUGGUCAGAUGAUAAGAAGAAAGGAGGAGCUGAACUUUGAGUUAUGAUUAAUUGCAUGCGAAAGCAUUCUCUGCAUCCAUUUUGCACUUAUGAGCUGUAAGAGGCUUUGAACACACGUAACAACUCUUGGCAUGCUUCAGAUUUCCUGAGAAAAGGUGAAAACAGCACAAACUUUAAGGUAUCGCAGGAUCAAAAACUUGGUGUCAUACUCUGAGUGACAAAUCAAACACCACUGCAUAAUGACUGUUUUCACCACCUUGGAAUUGCAUUUUCCCACCAACAAAGUUUAGUUAUAACAGAGCGUGUCUGAGACAUCACAGACUACAGUUUCACACCUAAUGUACCAGCUGAGGCAUGCGGAAGGAGAGUGUAUGGGAACUGCUGCACCAUGGCCUGGACCUCUGAUUGAUCACCUGAGGCCAGCACUGAGUCAGCUGCAGGAGUACAGGUGAAGGCAAUUCACCUGUGUGACUGGAAGGGAUGGAGCCUGGCUGCACCUCUCCUAGACCCCAUUUAAGGGCUGACUGCCACUGAGUAACGUUCUCUUUCUGGAGAGUGCUCUUCUUGGAGUUUUUUCUGUGAGCCUACAUUGUGGCCAUCUGAAGAAAAGGCCUAAUCUUCCUUGUGGCACGUAUCUCCAGUCUUGCUAGUUGUUCUGGAGGAUCAGACUGGGGAAUCUCCAGAUGCCGCUUCCUACCUCUAUGAUUCCCUAAUGCCCACAGCACUGGAGCCAGCUGCCCCCAGAUAUUGUGGAGUUUCCUGCUAUGGAGAUAUUCAAAAUCCACCUGGAUGAUUUGCUGGGCCACCUGCUCUGGGAACAUGCCUUACCAUGGCAGUUGGACUGGAGGAUCAGACUGGGGGAUUUCCAGAGGUCACUUCCUACCUUUAUGGUUCUUUAAUGCCCAGAUAUGUAUAUUAAAAACAAACAGUUUUAAAGCUAAUUGCUUAAAAUAGCAAAGAUUGAAGUACUUUAUAUUCUGGAAAGAAAAAAAAAAAAUAGAAUUACCCUGUCAACAAAAGAUUACAUAUCAAAAUACAUACGUGGUUCCACUAAAAUGUCUUAUCUGACACAACCUGAGACCAUCACUUCCCAUCCUGUUGCUGUUACCCAGGAGCAGGGGCCAACCCCCAUCUCACCACAGCCUCCUUUUAGGCAUUUUGCGUAAGCAGUAAGGUGUCCCCUGAGCUCCUCUUCUCCAUCCCUGACCCAUGCCAUUCCCUGAGCCACUCCCCAUUAUGUUUGUGCUCCAGACUCCGCACAGCCCUGCUGCUCUUCUCUGGGCACACUCUAGGGCCUUGAUGUCUUUUUCUUUUUUUGUAGUGAGGGGCCCAGAACUGAACUCAGAACUUGUUGUGCAGCCUUUCCAGAGCCUCAUCUGCUCUCAGUGACUUGGAUGUUGCCAUGCAGCCUUGCAGAGGUGCUGGGGGGAGCUGCUUGUGUCCUUGACCUCUUGCUUGCAAGAAACGCCUCAAAGCCACAGAUCCUCUCCUCCCACAGCUCCCACUCCAAGCUCUGAGGCACCGCGGGCUGCACAGGACACCAUGGUGCGACGUGUGGCUGUGGUGGGCGCAGGCAUCAGCGGGUUGGCAGCCAUCAAGUGCUGCCUGGAAGAGGGGCUGGAGCCCGUCUGCUUCGAGCUGAGUGAGGACAUCGGGGGGCUCUGGCGCUACACGGAAAAGCCAGAGGAAGGCAGAGCUAGCAUCUACCGCACUGUCUUCACCAAUUCCUGCAAGGAGAUGAUGUGCUACCCUGACUUCCCCUUCCCCGACGACUACCCCAACUAUAUGCACAACACAAGGCUCCAGAAGUACAUCCGUGACUACGCACAGCAUUUUGACCUUCUCCAGCACAUCCGCUUUAAGACCACAGUCACCAAGAUAAGGAAGCGCCCUGACUUCAGCGCUACGGGGCAGUGGGAGGUGGUUACACGGAGAGACGGGAAGGAAGAGGCAGCGGUUUUCGAUGCUGUUAUGGUUUGCACUGGACACCAUGUCUGCCCAAACCUCCCCCUUGCCCACUUCCCAGGGAUAGAGAAGUUUAAAGGCUCCUACUUACACAGCCGAGAGUACAAGGAGCCAGAAAAGUUCAGAGGGAAGAAGGUGCUGGUGAUUGGCUUGGGCAACUCUGGCUGUGACAUUGCUGUGGAGCUCAGCACUGUGGCCUCGCAGGUUUACCUGAGCUCCCGAAGUGGCUCCUGGGUGAUGAGCCGUGUCUGGAACUUUGGCUACCCCUGGGACAUGCUGCUCAUCACCCGUUUCUGGACAUGGCUGGACAACUUUCUCCCCAAGGCAGUCAGUGACUGGCUCUAUGUCAGGGGCAUGAACCAGCAGUACAAACAUGAGGACUUUGGCCUAAUGCCGGUGGAUGGAGCAUCCCGCAGGGAACCAGUGUUGAAUGAUGACAUCCUGAGCCGCAUCACCUGUGGUGUGGUGCUGAUAAAGCCAAAUGUGAAGGAAUUCAGAGAAAAGUCAGUCUUGUUUCAAGAUGGGACUGUGCAGGAUGACCUCGAUGUGGUUAUCUUUGCCACUGGCUACUCUCACUCCUUUCCUUUCAUGGAGGAUGAAUCCAUCAUCGAAAGCAGGAACAAGGAGAUUAACCUCUACAGAUGCAUUGUUCCUCCUCAGCUAGAGAAGCCAACCAUGGCAGUCAUUGGGUUGGUCCAGUCCUUUGGAUCCGCCAUCCCGACAGCAGAUGUCCAGUGCCGCUGGGCGGUCAAGGUGUUUCAGGGGCUCUGCAAGCUCCCCUCGGUCAGUGAGAUGCUGGAGGACAUAGAGGAGAUGAAGAGGAAUAAGAUCAAAUGGUUCAGGAGAAGUGACACGCUGCAGACUGAUUACAUCACCUACAUGAAUGAGUUGACCUCAGACAUCGGUGCGAAGCCUAACCUGCUCAAGCUCCUGCUGACAGACCCACUACUGGCCCUCAAGGUCUUCUUUGGCCCCUGCACCCCCUACCAGUUCCGCCUGACAGGGCCAGGGAAGUGGAGUGGAGCCAGGAAAGCCAUCUUCACUCAGUGGGACCGGACAGUGAAGGCCACAAGGACACGUGAAGCCCCCCCUGCUACCACUACACUCCCCAGCCUGCUGGUGCUGGGGAUGCUCUUCCUCCUGCUUCUCCUCCUCCUCACUGUGCUCUACUGGUAGGGGGAUGGGGAGGGCUGCAGGCUUACCAAGUGGCUUCUGUGUGCAGGAUACUUCCUGCUGGCCAUUGUCUGUGCUCCUGCCUUACUCCCUGCCCAGAUAAUUCUUCAAGAGCUCCCCUAUAUAUAAUAUACAGCUAUACAAAUCAGUGUAACCUUGGUGCCUUGUGAAUUUGGGACCUUUCUCAGAUGUGGCUUCAAUUCCAACUUUUCCUACAGUUUUUUUUUUUUUUCUAUAGUGGAGGAAUGGAGAUAACAUGUUUGCCUGUUCAUUAAAUGUUUUGGUGUAAAAUGUAUGCUCUGGGCUAAAUUGGCUUGCCUGCACUUCUGAGCUGUGAGAGGUGCCUGGGCUAGGCAACAUCCCAACCUGCUAAUGUGGCUUUAGCAGAGCAGAGAUGUGCCCAAUGUUUCAUUUGAUACCAGCUUCUACUCUUUCUCUGCUCAUUGCGUGAUGGAUUAUUUGAUGUGUGUAGAAGCAGUAACCACCUGUGGUGCUUCUGGAGCCAUCAACAGUCUGCUCUAAAAAGGGUUUUUCAGCUGGCAUUUUGCGCCACCACUCACUCCUCCCUUCCUCAGUGGGAUGGGGGAGAGAACUGGGGAAAAAAGAAAACCAAACAAACACAACAUGUAACUCAGGGGUUGUGAUAAAAACUUUACAAAGUGUUUACAAAGACAGAAAGGGAAAAAAAGGAUUAUAGUUAUAAUUAUUUUAUACAUGUAUGUGUACACAUGAAUAUAUACAUGAAACAAAUGAGGCAUUAGCAAUUUCCCCACCGACCGACCUCUGCCUUCCAUGAUGCCAUAUAGUAUGGGUUAUUCCCUUGGCUAUUUGAGGUCAGCUGUCCUGAUUCUAUCCCUGCCCACCUCCUUGUUUCCGUCCCCCAGCCCCUUAGUCAGGACAGCAAGAAGCUGAGAACAAAAAUAUCCUUGGCUCUGUGCAGUGCUGCUCAGCAACAGCUAAAGUAUUGCUCAGUAAUCAAUGAUGGCUCCCUCCUAAAGCCAAAAUGCAGCAUCAGACCAGAUGCUGUGAAGGAAAAAUCAGUUCUGUCUCAGCUGAAAUGUGGAUACACUUCUCAUUUCAGAUGAGAGGAAGUUUUUGCUCUUCAUUUAGCAGUGUGAAUUUUAUUGCAUUUUGUGAUCAAUACAUGCUCUGGGCUGCAAGCUGAGCCAGGCAUUGGGCUUGAUGUGGGAAAUUACUUUAACUUGAGUGUUAACAGCAAAAUACUUUAACUGAUACAGAUAAUAAAAACAAUUACUCAUUCA